AUGUCACCAAGUCGCGGCAGGCCCUUGUUCCAACUUGCUGCAGAUCAAUUCCACACCACCAACAAGGAAAAUACAAUCAUAGUUAAAUAUACAUGUUCCUGUUGCAACCAUUACUUUGAUGAGCUUGCCAAUCUUGGUGCCCACCUUGAUACCCACCUUGGACAACAUGGUGCGUCAGUUGACAGUGCGGAUGACCUUCUUAAAGUGGACGAUGACAAUGGUUUGGAGCCAGAAGAUCAACCAACAAUUCAAGAGCCACUGCCAACGAUUUCACCAUCGCUGCACCCUGGUAAGAUUGCCAUCAAUCCCGUCAGUGUCAAUCCGCCGAGGAAAAACUUUGAUGAAGCAGCCAUUAAUGCUUGCCAACAAUUAGACAGCAAACAUGUUGAGCGGCAAAAGGCCUUGUAUAUUGUCGAUGCUCUUGACCUAAAACUAUUUACCAUUUUCGACAAGAAUGGCAUUGAACAAAAUGCCCUGGCCCACGAGCGCGUUAUCAGCAGUAUCACGACAGACAAUGACUCAAUCCUACCCAUCUUGCCAUUGAAACAUUUGUAUGAUGAAGAAAGCGCCCCUUGCAUGAAAUGCAGAUAUAUAACCACUCCAGGCUUCGACCGAGUCCUUGCCUCAUUGCCCUACAACAAAUUAACUCGUCGACGACAAUAUGUGGAGCUCUCAUCAGCAAUGUGCAAAUUAUUGAACCAAGAUUGGGAAUUUCACCCACAGAUGCGAUAUUUCACGGCCAAGGUCUUCUUUGGCGCCAUCAUGCACAACACCGGCAACGGUAUGCGCAAUAUGUCAUUUCAAUUAUUCUCGACUGUUGAUUUACUUUGUGCAAGGCUCUAUCUAGAUUCAGUCUGCCUAGAAAAAGCAUUAGCCAUUUUGGAAUCACCAGACACAUCUUGCCUUUCGUCGUUCAAUAUGAUCUAUCAACUUCGUCAAAUCAGAAGUAAAUUUGCCACAUCAUCUGCGUACGCUCUCUGCCGUUCUUUCGGGCCCAUUACCCGAGCCCAUGUCUGCCAAUCGUACAUGGUGUUUACAUUGGCCGACAAUGACUGUGGCAACAAUCCUGGGACAACUCUCUUCCGUACUAUUGGCGAAUUGGCUUCUUUGGCUACGGGCAAGAUCAAGGAGCUGCUGCUCACCAUCCGUCGUUUGUUUCCCUCUACCGACGAAGACAUGGCCAUAAUCAACAAUGAGCAACUAAGCAAGCACCUGAGCAGUAUGGCCAAUCUCCUUAUGCCAUCAAUUGCUAUUGCUAAUGACACGAAAGACAGCAUAAAGCUAUUGGAAUGUAGCAUCGGAGAAUUGAAGAUGACGAAGAAGUUGAAAUCGGUUUCAUUUGAUAGCUACAAGAAAAGAAAGUUUUUGAGCUUUCUAUACGCUAAUGACAACUUGACGAUGUUGGCAACCUCGGCUGCUGAUCCCAGCCAUUGGGCCGUUUUGUGA